UUCAUUAUUUUGGCAAUUUUGAAGUCCCUCUCCAAAAUUGCAUAUGUGGCACAUGUAAUUUGCUGAGCUGUCUAAAAUUACUUAUGCCAUGUCAUUUCAUUUAUUUAAUUUAUAAUUUUAAAUAGAAAACAACUUUUGAAUAUCCUAAAUAACAUUAAUUCUCUUUUUAUAAAUCAAAAACAAUUCCUAACCUAACCCAGAACUUCAUCCCCAAUUUGUAACGUAACCCAGAACGCGAAGAUGAGCAGCAGUCUUCCAUUGUCGCUCUAAUCAGUUCUCGUCCAUUCGCCAAAGCAUCGGAGAAGAUGAGUAGCAUUCCACCAUCAUCAUCAAAGACGACGCGCAACAUUCCACCAUCAUCAACUUGCAAAGAGGAUGUUCGUUUCUGUAUGAGACCAUCUAAAAGCAACUACGUUAAGAUAAGGCUUCAUCAUAGGGGACAGUUAGUAGAGAGUCCAUGUAAAUGGUAUGUUAAUGGUUUGGUGUCUGAACUGGAUUGGGAAUGGGAUACGGACUACAUGUCGUACAUGGAUUUAGAAAAUUUGAUUAAGGAUGAGGGAUAUAUAAAUAUCAACUGUAUGUGGUACUGGAACCCUAGGUUUUCCUUUGGUCGUGGCCUUAGACCCCUAAACUGUGAUAAUGAUGUUCUUAAGUUUGUUGAGGAUAUUAAGGGCUUUGAAUUGGUGGAUGUGUAUGUUGAGCACACAAUAGAAGAGACUCCUGUUGUUGAGGAUGAUGUUGAUGGCUGCUCAUCUUCGCGUUCUGGGUUACGUUACAAAUUGGGGAUGAAGUUCUGGUUUCUUUCGUAUAUGCCUAGUUUCCUUUGUAUAUGCGAGAGUAAUUAUCGACAAUCCUCUCAAUUUCUCUUUGACAAUCUUCUCAAUUUCUCAAAACAAUCUUCCCUGCUCGAUUCGAAGAUGGAUGGCGGUGAUGUUGAUGGACAUGGAGUAAUGCGAGUUUAUCAUGAAGCUCUCUUGAUGUUGGUGCUAUUUUGGAGAUGUUAA